AUGAAAAGAAGAGAAACGAAACGAGUUACUAGUUCAGUCAAAAGUCCAAUUUCAGUUUUACCAUUAGAUGAACUGCUAUUACAAGAUCUUUUGACUAACAAUCGAUUGCGCGAUUUAGAAGUGAGUAUUUAUGGUGAUAGAAAAGGCUUAGAAGAACAGGCGAUUAAGAAGCACAUUAGGAAAUUAGGACUGCGCCCCCAGCUUAAGGAGUCGACUGAGCAAAGACACGUGAUAGUAAAGCUGAAAAAGCAUCUUAAGUUUGUGGUUCUCAAAAUUGAAAGCAAGAUCGAAGUCGAGCAAUAG